CUCACGCUUGGCCAACCAAGGUUGGCUUAGAAGGCUCUCCCCCCUCCCAAGAAAAUGGGGACUGACAGUGAAAACCCAGUCCUGAGAAACGUGCUCAUCAGCUUCAACUUGCUGCUGCUGGGUGCUGUCCUGAAGCCGUUCGAGUGCCGGCUGGAGGUGACAACAGAGCCAGCCGAGAGGCCGGCAGUGGAUGAGGAGGGGGGCCUGGCCAACUGCAGCCCACCCAUCAAAGAGCAGCCCAUGGUCUUCCACCACAUCUACAACAUCAAUGUCCCCGUGGACAGCUGCUGCUCCUCCAUGCUCAGGUCUUCGGCUGAGGAGGUGAGUUCAGAAGACGACAGGCUGGCGGAGUACACGGAGCAGACCUCUGACAGCGACAGCCAGGUCACCUUCACCCACAGGAUAAACUUGCCCAAGCAGGCCUGUAAGUGCUCCACCUCCCUCCCGUCCCUGCAGGAGCUGCUGAGCAGGAUUGAGAUGCUGGAGAGGGAGGUCUCCAUGCUCCGGGACCAAUGCAACUCCAAUUGCUGCCAAGAAAAUGCAGCCACAGGACGCCUGGAUUACACCUUACCGUGCAGCGGCCACGGGAACUUCAGCCUUGAGUCGUGCCGCUGCGUCUGCAGCGAGGGCUGGGCGGGCAGCAACUGCUCAGAACCACGCUGCCCACGGGGCUGCUCCAGCCGUGGGGUCUGCCUGGAGGGUCAGUGCGUGUGCGACAACGACUACGGCGGUGAGGAUUGCUCCCAGCUCCGCUGCCCCGCCGGCUGCGGCUCCCGUGGGCUCUGCGUGGAUGGAGAAUGCAUCUGCGAGGAGGGCUUCGGUGGGGAUGACUGCUCUCAGCCCCGCUGCCCCCGCGAUUGCUCGGGAAGGGGACACUGUGACAACGGCACCUGCGUGUGCGCCGAGGGCUAUGCUGGGGAGGACUGCGGGUGGCUGCGGUGUCCCAACGCCUGCAGUGGACGAGGCGUCUGCCAGGAUGGCCUCUGCGUCUGCGAGGACGGCUACGGAGGGCAGGACUGCUCGGCAGUCGCUCCUCCUGAAAACCUGCGUGUGACAGGGGUCAGCGAUGGCUCCAUUGAGCUGGCAUGGGACAGCCCUGGGGCAGCCACUGAGUACGUGGUAUCAUACCAGCCAGCGGGGCCAGGGGGAUCCCAGCUCCAGCAGCGGGUGCCUGGGGACUGGAGCACCAUCACCAUCACAGAGCUGGAGCCAGGCGUUGCCUACAACAUCAGCAUCUACGCAGUCAUCAGCGAUGUCUUGAGCAGCCCUGUCACCACCAAGGUGAUGACCAACUUGGCCACGCCGCAGGGGCUGAAGUUCAAGACCAUCACAGAGACAACCGUGGAGGUGCAGUGGGAGCCCUUCUCCUUCCCUUUCGAUGGCUGGGAGAUCAGCUUCAUCCCCAAGAACAAUGAGGGUGGUGUGAUUGCCCAGCUCCCCAGCACCGUCACCACCUUCAACCAGACGGGGCUGAAGCCAGGAGAGGAGUACACCGUCACCGUGGUGGCUCUGAAGGACCAAGCCAGGAGCCCCCCGGCCUCUGACAGCAUCUCCACCCUCAUCGACGGCCCGACGCAGAUCCUGGUGCGGGACAUCUCCGACACGGUGGCCUUUGUGGAGUGGACCCCGCCUCGCGCCCGGGUGGACGCCAUCCUGCUGAAGUACGGGCUGGCGGACGGGGAGGGCGGGAAGACCACCUUCCGCCUGCAGCCCCCCCUCAGCCAGUACUCCCUGCAGGCCCUGCGGCCCGGCGCCCGCUACCACCUCGCUGUCAGCGCCCUCCGGGGUGCCAACGAGAGCCAGCCGGCCCUCACUCAAUUCACCACAGAGAUCGAUGCACCCAAGAACCUACGGGUGGGCUCACGGACCCCUGCCAGCCUCGAGCUCACCUGGGACAACAGCGAGGCAGAGGCACACAGCUAUAGGGUGGUCUACAGCACCCUGGCUGGAGAGCACUACCACGAGGUUCUGGUGCCACGGGACACUGGCCCCACCACCCGGGCCACUCUUGCAGAUCUGGUGCCAGGGACAGAAUAUGGCAUUGGGAUUUCAGCCGUGAUGGACAGCCAGCAGAGCGUGCCAGCGACCAUGAAUGCCAGGACCGAGCUUGAUAGCCCCCGGGACCUCAUGGUGACAGCUUCCACGGAGACAUCCAUCUCACUGUCCUGGACCAAAGCCAUGGGUCCCAUUGACCACUACCGUGUCACCUUCACCCCUGCCUCGGGGAUGGCCUCUGAGGUGACGGUGUCCCGUGACGAGUCGCAGCUCACUCUCUCUGAGCUGGAGCCAGGGACAGAGUAUACCAUCUCCAUCAUUGCUGAGAGGGGACGUCAGCAGAGCCUGGAGGCCACCGUGGACGCUUUCACAGGGGUCCGGCCCAUCACGCAGCUGCACUUCUCCCAGCUGACAUCCUCAAGUGUGAACAUCACGUGGAGUGAUCCAUCCCCCCCUGCAGACCACCUGGUCCUCACCUACAGCCCCCGGGACGAGGAGGCAGCACAGCAGCUGGCACUUGAUGGCACCCGCAGGCAUGCCAGCCUGACGGGUCUGCGGCCAUCCACCGAGUACCUGGUGUCCCUAGUGGCUGUCCAUGGUGCAGUCAGCUCUGAGCCCGUCACAGGUUCCAUCACGACAGGGAUGGAUGCACCAAAGGACCUCAGAGUGGGUAACAUCACCCAGGACUCCAUGGUCAUCUAUUGGAGCCCUCCUGUUGCUCCCUUUGAUCACUACAGAAUAUCCUACCGUGCUGCUGAAGGGAGGACAGACAGCACGGCCAUUGGCAGCGAUGCCACCGAGUACAGCAUCCGCCUUCUGCAGCCUGCCACCAAGUACGAGAUUGGAGUGAAGAGUGUGCGGGGCCGGGAGGAGAGUGAGGUGGCCUCCAUCACCACAUACACAGCCAUGGAUGCCCCGCUGGGUGUCACCGCCACCAACAUCACCCCCACAGAGGCACUGCUGCAGUGGAACCCGCCGCUGAUGGAUGUGGAGAGCUAUGUCCUCGUCCUCACCCGCCACGCAGUUGCAGGAGAAACAAUUCUGGUGGAUGGAAUCAACCAGGAAUACCAGCUGACCAGCCUUCAGCCCAGCACCACCUACGCGGUUGCCAUGUAUGCCACCAAUGGGCCCCUCACCAGCCAGACCAUCAGCACCAACUUCACAACCCUUUUGGAUCCUCCAACAAACCUGACUGCAAGCGAGGUCACCCGACGGAGUGCACUGCUCUCCUGGGUGCCUCCCGUGGGAGACAUCGAGAACUACGUCCUGACCUACAGAUCAACUGAUGGAAGUCGCAAGGAGCUGAUUGUGGAUGCUGAGGACACGUGGAUCCGCCUGGAGGGUCUUUCUGAGACCACCGAGUACACAGUGCGCCUGCAGGCUGCCCAAAACGCCGUGCGGAGCGGCUUCAUCUCCACCACCUUCACCACGGGUGGCCGUGUCUUCACCAACCCUCAGGACUGUGCCCAGCACUUGAUGAACGGAGACACGCUGAGCGGUGUCUACACCAUCUCCAUCAACGGGGACCUCAGCCAGCGGGUGCAGGUGUUCUGUGACAUGAGCACGGACGGCGGGGGCUGGAUUGUCUUCCAAAGGCGGCAGAAUGGGCUGACCGACUUCUUCCGAAAAUGGGCAGAUUACCGGGUCGGCUUUGGGAACUUGGAGGAUGAGUUUUGGCUGGGCUUGGACAACAUCCACAAGAUCACAUCGCAGGGACGCUACGAGCUGCGCAUAGACAUGAGGGAUGGCCAGGAAGCAGCAUAUGCCUACUAUGACAAAUUCUCCAUCGGCGACUCCCGGAGCCUCUACAAGCUGCGGAUAGGAGACUACAAUGGCACUUCUGGGGACUCCCUCACCUACCACCAGGGCCGCCCCUUCUCCACCAAGGACAGAGACAACGACGUGGCCGUGACCAACUGUGCCAUGUCCUACAAGGGGGCUUGGUGGUAUAAGAACUGCCACCGGACCAACCUCAACGGCAAGUAUGGAGAGUCCAGGCACAGUCAGGGAAUUAACUGGUACCAUUGGAAAGGCCACGAGUUCUCCAUCCCCUUUGUGGAAAUGAAGAUGCGACCUUACAACCACCGUAACAUCUCUGGGAGGAAGCGACGGUCCCUACAGCUCUGAGCCAGCAGAACUCCCUUCCCACCACCUGACCUUU